UCCACCCAGCAAUAGAUUAUGAGGACACCGAAGACCUGGCGUCCCUCGCUGGUUAUAUCCGGGCAUCCCACCUAGCCAGUGUCAAACUCCAGGCAAGCAAGUUUUUUUUGUAGCCACCAACAUGGAGGGACCAUGGGUGGGCACCUGGAGGCCUCAUCCCCGACGUGGCCCCAUUCUGGCAGAAUUCAGCACUCCAGGACCUAAAUACUGGAUCCCUGGGACAACAGGUCACGCGUCUCAUGAUCCCACCAGAGACAAAGCCCCUGCAUACACAUUUAGAGGGGCCAAAGGUCCAGUUGCAGAAAGCUGCUCUCCAGGUCCUCGAUACUUCAUCCAUCCCUCCAUCACCAAGAUUGGGAAAUAUGUGCCUCCAUCAGCACACCUGACCGGACGUCCCAAAACCAAGUCUGAGGUCACCCCUGGACCUAGUGACUAUUCCACAGAAAAGGCUGACAAACAUGUCUACUCUAAUGCACCAGUACAGUCCAUGGUCUUCCGGCACAAGCUCAGUGAUGCUCUCCAAACACCAGGUCCUGGCGCCUACACCCUUCCCAGGCUGCUGGGACCCCACACAGUCUACACCCAUGCCGAGCCAUGCUACUCCAUGAGAUGGAAGAGUAUGUACAACAGCUGUUUUCAAGACCUGGCCAAGACACCAGGUCCUGCGGCAUUCUCCAAAGUGGAACUGGAUGUCUACAAAAAGAGGGCUCCCAAGUACACAAUGGGACUAAAAACUAAACUUACUGACAAGACCCUGCGUCCAGGGCCAGCAGACUACAGCGUGGGAAAAGUGACGCUGAUCAAGGCCCGGGAACCUGCUUACACUUUCGGACUUCGUCAUUCCCUCUACAAAGCUGCUUUAUUACCUCGGAUGCCUCCUGAAUAAAACCAGAUACCUCCAAAGAU